AUGGAGCGUGGAAACACCAACUCCCUGCUUCACGAGGGGCUUCAAGAGGAUGAGGAAAAGUUGAAUGGUGUGAAGGCACAGAUGGCCUUGCCGCUUGGAGAGGGAAGAAGUGAGGGAGAGAGUGGACAGGGCCUGCCUGGGUCUGGAGCCACAGCCCCUGAAGGGGAAGGGAUAGAAUUGAAUGGAGACAGUCCCUCUGCUGCUGCCGCUGCUGCAGACCUUGCAGAUAAUUCUAACCAAGAGGACCAGGGUGCCAGAGGCACUGGCCAGGAGAGUGACAAGCAGCCACAGGAGCCAGCUCCCAAGGACUUGGAGGGCCCAGAAGAUGUGCCACACGUGCCAGUGCUUAUGUCCAGGUUGCAACCUGUCUCAGUGUUGCUACGCCAAUGUUGCUUUAAAUACAAACUCGUUCCGUGGCAGUUGCAAGAGCUGGAGCGUAUUUUCAAGCAGAAUCAUUUCCUCAGUGCAUUAGAAAGAAAACAACUGGCCAGAAGGAUAGGUGUGACUCAAGCCGUUGUGAAGGGCUCAACCCCCAUCAGCAGGUCAAAUGUAAGCUGGGAUAGCGCACCCAUGAUUGGAUACUUGGUUACCUGCGCUACGGCCCCCAAGGGCUUGAAGAGAAACUCUUCCUGGUUUGAGGAGCUAGGCUUUCCUAACUGCUGGGACUCCUACUCAGACUCCGCUGAGGCAGGCUGCAAGUGA